AGAUGCCACAGUUUUUGUCAUAGUUGACGUUGUCGAGCCGAAAAUGGCGGAGGAUUCUAACCUUCCGACUUCAGAAAAUUUGAACACAAAAAAUGGAAAUUUUAUUUGUGGAGUCGUCGAAGGUUUCUACGGCCGGCCCUGGACGACCGAGCAGCGCAAGGACCUGUUCCAAAAGAUGAAAAAAUGGGGCAUGGACUCCUACGUCUACGCCCCCAAGGACGACUACAAGCACCGGGCCUACUGGCGCGAGCUGUACACCGUGGAGGAAGCCGAGCACCUGACGGGCUUGAUCCAGGCCGCCAAAGACCAAAACAUCACUUUUUAUUACGCCUUGUCCCCGGGGCUCGACAUCACCUACAGCAGUGUUAAGGAAAUCACGGCCUUGAAGCGGAAGCUGGAGCAAGUCUCCCAGUUCGGGUGCACGGCCUUCGCCCUCCUGUUCGACGACAUUGAGCCCGAGAUGUCCGAGGCCGACAAGGAGGUGUUCCAGUCCUUCGCCCAAGCGCAGGUCUCCAUCACCAACGACAUUUACCAGCAUCUGGGACAGCCCAAGUUCCUGGUGUGCCCCACGCAGUAUUGCUCCACAAGGGCGGUCCCCAAUGUCACCAACUCCGAGUAUUUGAACACGCUGGGGUCCAAAUUGGCUCAAGAAAUCGACAUCAUGUGGACAGGUCAGAAGGUGAUUUCGCGCAUUUUGACAAAGGAGAACAUCCAGGAGAUCACCGACGCACUGCGUCGCCCCCCCGUGAUUUGGGACAACCUCCACGCCAACGACUACGACCAGAAACGUGUCUUUUUGGGGCCCUACUCGGGCCGUUCCCCCGACUUGAUCCCAAAAUUGCGCGGGGUUUUGACCAACCCCAAUUGCGAAUACGGCGCAAACUUCGUGGCAAUCCACACUUUGGCCCAAUGGUCGCGCUGUAACGUGGACGGCCAGCGAGAUCUCACUUUAAAUGACACGGUUUCCGCCGAUAUUAAACUUGAGACUGAAACUGAGGACGGUCUAGGUGAAGACGUCCCCGCCUCCCUGUCCCCCAAUAUGUACCACCCCCGACAAGCCCUCCGCAAUGCAAUCAACGAGUGGUUACCCGAAUUUUCCAAACACAAGACGGCCUGGGGGCCGAUUGUUAAGCCCCAGCCGGCGGUGGCCGUCAUCCCCGUGCCCAUUAUCCCCUCCAUCAACACCUGCAUGACCUUGACCUCUACGACCACCACCACUACCACCACCGGCAACUCGCAACCAGUUGUCAACCAAAAUCAACUGCAAGCGUUGGCGGAAGUGUGCAGUAGUGUCACCGUCAGCGACAGUAUGGUGAACCCCGUUCCCGGUCCCGUGAUGAAUUCCCUCGUCUCCGACACAAAAGUGGUAUGCAAUGAUUCAAUCCCUAAUCCUAUCGCUCCCGUCCCGAUCCCAAUCCCUAUCUCCGAUCCCGAAACGAAAAGCAUCACUGUGUUGAGCGGAACUCUAAUCAAGCCCGACAAAGACAAGUUGAAAGUGGUAAACGGUGACAAACCCGAAGAGAAAGAAGUCGGUAAAGAAGAAACCUGUAUGAACACAGACACAAGUACGGAUUUGAGUAAUGAAUCAAGUUUAAGUCCGAGCGAACCAAUGGAUUGUAACAGUACACCGAACAUUUCACCGGCGCAUGUCGCUAAACCGCCGGAAGAUGUCGCUAUGAGCGAAACUUCGACGUCAAGUGGGAGUAUGCAAGUGGAAACAAAUGACGGUGUAAAUCAAAUGGUAGUUGAACCGGAAACGGAAGGAAGGAAAGAAAACGAUUUGACAUUUGAGGAUUUAUCCCUCCUUUGCGAUUUGUUCUAUUUACCGUUUGAACAUGGUGGGCAGGGCUUGCAACUGUUGCAAGAAUUUAAUUGGUUGAAAUCGAACGCUCACGUCGUGAUGGCAGCCAAUCAGAAGAAGGAUACAUCAAAAUCUGAAGUGCAGGAGUGGUUUUCUCGUGCUGAAAAAAUGAAUGAAAUGACCCAAGCCGUAAAUCGGUUAUUUCAACACUUAUCCAGUUGCAAUAAUCGCGAGAUUUUGUACGAUUUAUAUUCCUAUGUGUGGGAUAUCAGAGGUGUAAUUUCUUUGCUCAAUUCUUAUGUGAAAUGGUUGGCUGGCGGCCAGUUUCCUGCUUCUAUGCCCUCAUACACCCAGGGGACCUACACAUGGUUUUCCAAAGGCUGGAAGGAGACUUUUAUGAGCGGCGAUCAGGAGCCGUGGGUUUUCCGUGGAGGCUUGACAGCUGAUCUUCAGCGGUUGAUUCCGGUGGACUCGGGGAAUGACCUCUUCGUGUACAAGGUACCUGACGUACCGACUUGUCGAGUCUUCACUGUGCGACCUUUUUUACCGACCGAUGAGCAAAUGGUCUACAGUGUGUGUACGAGGACGUGCAAGGACGGUCUCGAGGACCCCCAACCCUACCCCGAGGACCUCAAAGGGCUCCAAGCCGACCGGAUCGUCGGCCCUUAUCUCACACUCCACCCGGAGUUUUGCUUCGUCGUUGAGGACGACGCGGGGAUUGUCGGCUUCGCGUGCGCCGCUCCGGACUAUAAAAAAUUCCGGGUCAAGAUGGAGUUAGCCUGGAUCCCGGAAAUGUGCGACAAAUACCCCCUCUCACUCAUCAAUAAAGACUUAUCAAAGUUUGCACAAGAGAGCAUAUCGUAUUUCCAUGGUUUCAAGGACGAGAUUUACGUCUCAAGUCCCACUCAUCCUUCCAUUAUGAUUUGUAGUAUUCUUCCGUCGGUGUUGGACCAAUCAGUGAGCAAGCGACUAGUCACGUGUCUCUUGGCGGCAUUGCGGGCCAAUGGUUCGUUCGGUGUUCACGUGGUUAUGAACGCGAGUGACAGCUACACGCAUGCGUUUUACGGGAAAUUAGGCUUUGUGGAGAACACACACGAGGCGAUUAAAGGCAAAAUCGUGAUGGGACGUACCUUCUAAAUGCACAAAUUGUAAAAAUAACACUUGACUGAUUUGUUACAAUUUUGAUAGAUCUUCAAAUUAACCUUGUGAUUUUGUACUAUAAUUACUCUUAUUAUUUUACAUCUAAAUAUUGUAAUUACGUAUUUAACUGUGUAUAAGAAUUAUUGUAACAUUAAAUCGUUGGUUUCUUGCA